CAGCGAUUGGUCGACGAAUCGAGCUGAUAAUAGCGACUGGGGGGUAUCAAUUCUUUGAUCAGUUAUCAACCAGAUAGGGAAGGUGUCGUUAUUGAUAAAUCAGUCGUGGAGACGUCAUCGGUGUACGUUUCACGGUGCGACUAGUUUUCCGUUUCAACCCCAUAGAGCGACGUGAUGUCGGCCAUCUUGGUUUUGGAGCUUCUCCUAUUCUGCCUUAUUUUCCCAUAUUACGCGAAUGGAUUAAGGUGCUACAUUUGCAAGAAUUUAUCACCGACUAGUCCCUGUUCGAACAGCGAAGGAUUUGCAAGCAGUUGCGAAAAAAAAUAUUGCACGAUAUUCCGUGAAGAAUUUCGAGACCCUAAAGGCGUAUUGAAGGCAUUUUAUCGAGCCUGCGAAGACGAGCCGAAAUAUUUCAAUACCAUCGUCGAGACUGCAGAUCACAUAACUUAUUACCGCGCCUGCGCAACGGAUCUCUGCAACAAUGGAAACGGCAUCGCGCCGUUGAAAAUAGAUAAAGAGAUCCCAUCGAUAUCGAACAUAAUCGUUGUUCCUGGGAUGAAGUCUCCCGCGACGAACGUUCUUCAAGAUCUUCGAUUUUACGCGUUAACAGGAAUUAUAUUGCUCCGCGGGAUGUAGAGAAUGACUAUCCUUAAAGUAUAUAGAAUAAUAAUUAGUCUGUAACAUGUAGAAAAUGCAUCUGUAAGUUUGGAACGACCGAA